AUGGACAUGAAAGGCACUGUAGAUGUAUCUUGUUACCUGCGUUUUGAAGCCACUGGGGAUUCUGAAGCCUCCUGUGACCCCAUCAAGGAUCCUAAUAUUGCUUGUCGAAUUUCCAUAUGUGACGAUGACGAUGCUCAGUCUUGCUGCUACGAUUCAUCUGAGAGUGUCAAUUCUGACCAACUCAUCAAUGGGUACGAGCCUGACGAAAAGAGGAUAGAAGAUGAAGAUGAGGAGGAGGUGUGUGUUUAUGGAACAACGUACAGAGAAGAAGAAGAGGAAGAUGAUGAUGAUGAUGAUUGUGAGAUUCAAGUGCAGAAAAAGGUCAGAGUGUGUGGAGAUUCAGGUCCAAAGAAGAUGGAUGAGAUGGAAAAGAACAGACUCUUCUGGGAAGCUUGCUUGGCAUCUUAA